CGACGUCCCGUCAGUGUAUAGCGUGCGCUCACAAAGCCAAGCUGUUGCCGAACAUAGCUGAACCGGCUUCCGCUCCGCCGGUACUCAUACCGACACCUAUACCGGACCGGACCGAACCGGAGCUCACCGAAAUACUGGAGACGGUUAGGAUCACGCCGCCUAUUAGGACAAUGACGGCGAAAUCGGAGAGUGGAGUAAGAGAAGCGCUGGAGGAUAGAGAUCCUAACAACUUGAAUCAGCACUUACAGAUAGUAUGGGACGAUAUAAUAGGCGAGCCGGAAGGCGUACGUAGUCCGGAAUGCGCUUGGCAACUCAGCCACGUGUGCUUCAGACAAGCCAGGAACUGCUGCUACACUUUGCUCGCUGUGCUGAUUGCCCCUCCGUGUGCCCUGCUCCUCGGCUGUGGGUGCGCUUGCUUAGCAUUUGAACAAAUUUGGUGUACCGCUCCGUGCUUGCGCUCGCUGAAAAUAUACUGCGCGUCGUUACGCACUAUGGUGCAGGCGUGCAUGGCUGCGACAGUGCAGCCCGCAGCGGAAGCCGUCGGCCAUGUUUGUCAUCACGUCCGCGUCAACUUCCGCCGAGACGCAGCCGAAGAUCGCGAUUUACUGAUCGUAUAGUUACAACGAACAA